GCAAUGGCCGAUGCGCCCCGCUGCCUUUCCUCAGAGUCUGCUCCCACCUGCAGGGGUGCUCUGAGAAGCCAUGUGGGUCCUAGAUGCCACGGGGAGAGGCCACCGUUCGGGGUCCAGGGUGAUGAACCCCUGCCUGAAGUGCCCGUGGAGAGGCUCCCCUGCGGCGGUGAUUUGCUGACAACCACCACCAAGAGGCUCCAGGAGAUGUCAGACAUAGCCAAGCCGCCCCAGGAGAUGGCAGACACAGAUGAGCUGCCUACUGUGGCCCUACCAGACGUGCCCAGCAGGGUGUCAUCCCCAGAGACUGGGCAGGAUCCCUCCGGGAUCAAGCUGUCUCCCUGGCUUGGAAAGUGGGGGACUAGCCCCGAGGAGGAGUCCUCCACCACAGUGCUGGCGCUGCCCCCCACACCAGCAGAGAAGCCCAGCCAGUCGGUGCCCAAGCGGAGCCGUGUGACCUGUGACUGGCAGAAGGAGGUACCUGUGAAUCCUCUGGAUUCUCGACCAGGGAAGGAUUUGGGCAGUGAGGACUUCCAGCGUGGCUACCAUGGACUGCCGAUCCACCAGUUUCUCUCCUCGCUCACUGACAGCUCCCCUCCGAAGGACUGCCCACCUCUCAGGGCUGUGCUACUGGGGAAAGGGCAGCGGAAGGCCACACUGGCAUCCAUGCUCUAUGAGAAAUACAGUAAGGAGAUGGAGGAAGAGAUCCAUCCCUCCCCGAGGUGCAUGGAAUCUAUCUCCACCACGCACCACGAUUACCGUGCCAUGGGUUUCCAGUCCACCCCUCAGCCCAUCACCCAGCCUCACAACUACUUAACGGAGCAACCAACCAGCUUCUGGCUGGAGCAAGCCCGCAGACUGCCGGGUGUCACUGCCCUCUACGGCAGAAACAUUCCUUUCAAGAGGAAUGCAGACUUUUCCACUCCCAUUACCAUGUACUUAGGGCAUCCCAAGCCCUUCAACCUCCAUGACCCCUAUGACCCCCUGAGCAGCCAGCUCCAGCCCCACAGACAAUAAAAAACAAGGAGGCACA